AUGAGAAGGUCAAGUACUCCAGAAAGAGGGCGUUCAGUUGUCAAGACAGGAGCUAUUGUCAUAGAUACUGGUACAGGGACAUGUAAAGCUGGAUUUGCAGGUCAGCAGACCCCCCAGGCAGUCAUUGGGACAUUAGUUGGACACCCUACAGAAAAAUCUAUGAGGACUAGAAGAGAUAGACAAGAUACAUUCAUCGGAGAGCAAGCUCGAUUGGAACCUGAUAGCGAUAUUAUUUUUCCAGUAAGGCAUGGCAUAAUUAUAGACUGGGAAGCAGCUGAAACACUAUGGAGGCACCUGUUCUACCAUGACCUCAAAGUUGCUCCAGAAGACCAUGCUCUUUUAAUGUCUGAUCCUCCUCUCUGUCCAACUACAAACCGGGAAAAAUUGGUGGAGGUUGUCUUUGAGUCUCUCAAUUCUCCUGGAAUGUAUGUGGCAUAUCAGUCUGUACUAUCAGUGUAUGCUCAUGGAAAAAUUAGUGGGUUGGUGGUAGAUACAGGCUAUGCUAUGACACACGCUGUACCAGUCUAUCAAGGAUACAAUUUGCCACAUGCUAUAGAAAGAAUGGACAUUGCUGGAGCCAAUAUGACAUCUUUUUUGAUGGAUCUCCUCAAAGACAUGGGGAAUUACUUUGAUGAAAGAAUGUUGAAUGUUAUUGAUGAUAUCAAACAAAAAUGCUGUUAUGUUGCACUUGAUUUUGAGACUGAGUGGAAUCGUCCAAAGAGAGAAUACAUGGUGGACUACCAGUUACCAGAUGGCCAAGUAAUCACUUUAGGAAAGGAGAGAUUUCAGUGUCCAGAAAUGUUGUUCAGCCCUCCUCAGAUGCCUGGACUUACACUUGUAGGAAUCCAUGACAUGGCCCAAAAAAGCUUAAGGAAGGUCCCUGAACAAUCCAGGAAGGAAAUGUAUGAAAACAUAAUAUUAUGCGGAGGGUCAUCACUUUUUGAAGGAUUUGAAAGGAGAUUUACUCAUGAUGUAAUGUCCAACAUGCAGACAAAUACGAAAGUCAAAGUCAUGGCUGUUCCACUGAGGCACUAUUCUGUCUGGACUGGAGGUUCCAUACUUGCUUCCCUGAAAAAUUUUCAACCAUGCUGGAUCAGAAAGGAACAAUACCAUGAGCAUGGACCGUUCGUUGUCCAUAGGAAGUGCUAUUAG